AUAUCAAGAGAAGCUGUAUGAAGAAUGGUUCCAGACUGUCUCUGUGAAAGCUCAGUAUAAUCUCACUCAACCACUUAUCCAACGAGAUCCGGAGAGUAAACUGAUUACUGUCAAUUUUGACCCUCAGCUGGUGUCCAUUCUAAGAGAAGUGAGCUACCUUGGAGAAGAUCAGAUUGGGAAGAUCCCAGAAACAGCAGCAGAAUUAUAUUCUUCUAGGGACUCCUUCAGGCAAUUAGUGGCCAACUUGGAUUUAAUGGCUACUUGGUACAACAAAACAUUGUGCACUGUCCUGGAGGUGGAAUAUCCACUCAUCGAAAGUCAGCUGCAUGAAAUUGAUAUUCAGCUGAAAGAAGCAGAAGAAACAUUAAAUUGGAAAACAAAAGGCCUUUGGGAUCGCAUUUCACACAUGGUUAACAGUGUUCGAAAUCUUGAGCAAACGAUCCAGAAAACCAAAGACAACAUCGAGGAAAUUCAGAAUAUUAUGAAAUCUUGGGUCUUUCCAGUUUUUGAAAGAAAAGAUGGGAAAAAAGAAUCUUUGCUGUACUUGGAUAAUCAUCUUGAGCGACUGAACAAACACUAUCAGCUCAUUACGGAUUCAGGCCAUAAGAUUCAUUUUCUGAUUAAGGAAAAUUUAAGACUCUUCGAAGCAGAUCCAUCUUCUGAUGUAUGGAAAGCUUAUUUGGAGCAUAUAGAUGAAAUCAUUCUGGAUGGAUUCUUUAAUGUCAUUGAAUGUUCCCUUAAAUAUCUUUUGGAAAAUACAGAUUCCAACGCAGGCCAUGCUCCUCUUUUCAAAGUGCAGCUGGAGUUGUCUGUCCCUGAGAUAAUAUUUCGUCCUUCUCUGGAUGCUGGUGCCAGCGAUGGUUUCUAUGAUAUCAUUGAAGGGCUUGUCAAUAAGAUCUACCGGGUCUCUUCCCUCGUACCAAGGCUUGCAGAUCACUGCACAUUUCCUCAUUAUCAGGCUGACAUGGAGGAGAUGUCUGACCUUACUGACAUGCGCCAAAGCUUAAUGGGCCGUGUCCAGAAGAUGAUCUCAGCUUGUUGUGACUAUCGCAAGUCCUUUGACCAUUACUCCUAUCUCUAUGUGGAUGACAGAAAGGAAUUCUUACGUCAGUUCCUCUUAUAUGGCCACGUUCUCACUGCAGAGGAGAUAGAAGUCCAUGCAGAGGAAGGAGUCCCAGAAACCCCUCCAACACUUCAGCAGUUCAGAGGGCAAAUAGACUCUUAUGAGAAGGUCUAUGAAGAAGUGAGCCACCUGGAACCAGUAUGUGUGCUUGACAGCUGGAUGAAAGUGGAUGCCCGUCCCUUCAAAGCAUCUCUUCUGGGUGUAAUUAAAAAAUGGAGUUUCAUGUUCAAGCAACAUCUCAUUGAUUACGUGACUCACAGGAACUGCCAGAAAAAUGGAACAAUGUGAAGAAGUUGGCCAUAAAUAUGAAGCAGCAGGUGGCUCCCUUGCAGGCAAAUGAAGUGGCCAUACUUCGCAGGAAGUGUGCUCUGUUUGAUGUGGAGCAGAAUAAAUUCAGAGAAAGAUUUCGCCAAGAGGCGCCUUUCAGAUUUGAUGCAACAAACCCUUAUGAAAUGCUAGAUGCAUCCCACGCAGAGCUACAGCAAAUGGAAUAUACCAUGACCUCAAUUUAUAAAUCAGGAGAAUUAUUUGAAGUUAAUGUUCCAGACUACAAGCAGCUCAAGCAGUGCCGAAAGGAAAUGUGCAUUCUUAAAGAACUCUGGGAUAUGAUCUCCGUAGUGCUCUCCAGCAUGAAUGAAUGGGAAGCUACAAAAUGGGUUGAUAUCAACGUUGAAAAUAUGGAACUGGAAUGCAAAAAGUUUGCCAAAAGCAUCCGGAACUUGGAUAAAGAAAUGAGAGCUUGGGAUGCUUUCUCAGGAUUGGACAACAAGGUGAAAAACAUCCUGACCUCCUUGAGGGCAGUGUCAGACCUGCAAAAUCCUGCCAUCCGGGAGAGACAUUGGAAUCAAUUGAUGCAAGCCACAGGAGUGUACUUCACAAUGGAUGCGGACACCACUUUGGAAGACCUGCUCAAACUUAACUUGCAUAAUUUUGAAGAUGAAGUUCGGAGCAUCGUUGACAAAGCCGUGAAAGAAAUGAGCAUGGAGAAAGUUGUGAAGGAACUGAAAACAACCUGGGCUAGCAUGGAGUUUCAGUAUGAACCUCAUCCACGCACAAAUGUCCCAUUGUUGAAAUCUGAUGAAGAGCUCAUUGAGACACUUGAAGACAACCAGGUGCAGUUACAAAACUUAAUGACAUCCAAAUACAUUGCUUUUUUCUUAGAGGAAGUGUCUUCCUGGCAGAGGAAGCUGUCUACGGCAGACUCGGUCAUUUCCAUCUGGUUUGAAGUUCAACGGAGCUGGUCUCACCUAGAAAGCAUAUUUAUUGGGUCAGAAGAUAUCCGGGCGCAACUUCCCGAGGAUUCCAAACGUUUUGAGGGAAUUGAUGUUGACUUUAAAGAACUGGCUUAUGAUGCGGAGAAAACCCCAAAUGUAAUAGAGGCAACUAAGAAGCCACAGUUAUAUGAGCAACUAGAAAAUAUUCAAAACAGAUUGUCUUUGUGUGAAAAAGCUUUGGCUGAAUAUUUAGACACGAAACGAUUAGCCUUUCCUAGGUUUUACUUUAUUUCCUCUGCUGAUUUACUCGAUAUUCUUUCAAAUGGCACCAAUCCACAGCUGGUUCAGCGCCAUCUCUCAAAACUUUUUGAUAACAUGGCCAAAAUGAAGUUUGAUGUGGAUUCUGAGCAAAACCCAACCAAGCUGGGUUUAGGGAUGUACAGUAAAGAGGAAGAGUAUGUUGAUUUUAGUGAGCCAUGUGAUUGCAGUGGGCAGGUGGAGUGCUGGCUGAAUUGUGUGUUGGAUCGCAUGCGGGCCACUGUAAGGCAUGAGAUGACAGAGGCUGUGGUGGCUUAUGAGGAAAAGGCAAGGGAACAGUGGCUGUUUGACUAUCCUGCCCAGGUGGCACUGACCUGUACACAAAUCUGGUGGACCACAGAGGUUGGGAUUGCCUUUGCCAGGCUGGAAGAAGGCUAUGAAAAUGCCAUGAAGGACUGUUACAAGAAACAGGUGACACAGCUCAACACCCUGAUCACAAUGCUCAUUGGACACCUCUCGAAGGGUGACAGGCAGAAGAUCAUGACCAUCUGUACCAUCGAUGUGCACGCUCGGGAUGUGGUGGCGAAGAUGGUUGCCCAAAAGGUGGACAAUGCACAGGUCUUUCUUUGGCUAUCCCAACUCCGACACAGGUGGGCAGAAGAAGAGAAGCACUGUUAUGCAAAUAUUUGUGAUGCCCAAUUCCUGUAUUCUUAUGAAUACCUUGGGAACACGCCACGGCUAGUUAUCACUCCUUUAACAGACAGAUGUUAUAUCACUCUCACACAAUCAUUGCAUCUAACGAUGAGUGGGGCACCUGCAGGGCCAGCUGGUACCGGGAAAACAGAGACCACCAAAGACCUGGGCCGAGCUCUUGGCAUCAUGGUAUAUGUGUUCAACUGUUCCGAGCAAAUGGACUAUAAGUCUUGUGGGAACAUUUAUAAAGGUCUUUCUCAGACGGGGGCAUGGGGCUGUUUUGAUGAGUUUAACAGAAUCUCCGUUGAGGUUCUCUCGGUUGUUGCUGUACAGGUGAAAAGCAUACAGGAUGCUAUAAGAGACAAAAAACAGAACUUUAAUUUCCUUGGAGAAGACAUUAAAUUAGUUCCUUCUGUCGGUAUAUUCAUAACCAUGAACCCGGGCUACGCAGGGCGUACGGAACUGCCAGAGAAUUUGAAGGCUCUUUUUAGACCCUGUGCAAUGGUUGUGCCAGAUUUUGAGCUGAUCUGUGAAAUUAUGCUGGUGGCUGAAGGAUUUAUCGAAGCCCGAUUAUUAGCUCGGAAGUUCAUUACCCUUUAUCAGUUAUGCAAAGAACUUCUUUCCAAGCAGGAUCAUUAUGACUGGGGAUUACGUGCAAUCAAAUCAGUCUUGGUUGUAGCUGGGUCCCUCAAGAGAGGAGACCCAGACCGUCCAGAAGAUCAGGUGCUGAUGCGCUCUCUCCGGGACUUUAACAUUCCAAAGAUUGUGACAGAUGACAUGCCAGUAUUCAUGGGUCUGAUUGGAGACCUGUUUCCUGCUUUGGAUGUCCCAAGAAAACGAGACCUCCCUUUUGAAUCCUUUGUAAAACAAGCUGUGCUGGGACUGAAACUUCAACCGGAGGACAACUUUGUACUCAAAGUAGUACAGCUUGAAGAGCUCCUUGCUGUUCGACACUCUGUCUUUGUAGUGGGCAACGCAGGCACAGGCAAGUCACAAGUGCUGAAAUCUCUGAACAAGACUUACCAUAUCAUGAAGAGGAGACCUGUUUGGACAGACCUCAAUCCAAAAGCAGUGACCAACGAUGAACUCUUCGGCAUCAUCAAUCCGUCUACAAGAGAAUGGAAAGAUGGAUUGUUCUCAUCGAUUAUGCGAGAUUUAGCCAACAUUACCCAUGAUGGCCCCAAAUGGAUUGUGUUGGAUGGUGAUAUUGAUCCAAUGUGGAUUGAAUCUCUCAAUACUGUCAUGGAUGACAAUAAGGUAUUAACACUAGCAAGCAAUGAACGGAUCCCGCUCAACCCCACUAUGAGGCUUCUGUUUGAGAUCAGUCACCUGCGGACUGCCACUCCAGCCACUGUGUCUCGAGCAGGGAUCCUUUAUAUCAACCCAGCUGAUCUAGGCUGGAAUCCUCCAGUGAGUAGCUGGAUUGACAGAAGAGAAACUCAGUCAGAACGAGCUAACCUGACCAUUUUGUUUGACAAGUAUUUGCCAGUUUGUCUGGAUAUACUUCGAACCAGAUUUAAGAAGAUUAUUCCCAUUCCUGAGCAGAACAUGGUUCAGAUGUUGUGUUAUCUCCUUGAAUGCCUCCUCACCAAGGAGAAUACCCCUCCAGAUUGCCCUAAAGAUCUCUAUGAACUUUAUUUUGUCUUUGCUGCUAUUUGGGCCUUUGGUGGUGCUCUGUUCCAAGACCAGCUUGUAGACUAUAGAGUUGAAUUCAGUAAAUGGUGGGUGACUGAAUUCAAGACCAUCAAGUUUCCUUCCCAAGGAACAGUUUUUGACUUUUAUAUUGAUUCGGAAACAAAAAAAAUUGAACCUUGGUCCAAGCUGAUCCCCAAAUUUGAAUUUGACCGAGAAAUACCAUUACAGGCCUGUCUGGUUCAUACCAAUGAAACCAUCCGGGUGCGCUAUUUCAUGGAUCAUCUCUUGGAGAGACACAGGCCUGUCAUGCUGGUGGGAAAUGCAGGCACGGGAAAGUCUGUGAUUGUCGGAGAUAAGCUGUCUUUCUUGGAUUCCGAGCAGUACCUGGUGAAGAAUGUUCCUUUUAAUUACUAUACCACCUCUGCCAUGUUGCAAGCUGUUCUUGAGAAGCCAUUGGAAAAAAAGGCUGGAAGGAAUUAUGGUCCCCCUGGAACAAAGAAACUCAUCUACUUCAUUGAUGAUAUGAAUAUGCCUGAAGUUGAUACCUAUGGAACAGUUCAGCCUCAUACACUGAUCCGGCAACAUCUAGAUUAUGGGCAUUGGUAUGACAGAAACAAGCUGUCCCUGAAGGAAAUCACGAAUGUGCAGUACGUGUCAUGCAUGAAUCCCACUGCAGGCAGCUUUACUAUCAACCCACGUUUGCAGCGCCACUUCUGUGUGUUUGCUCUCUCAUUUCCUGGGGCAGAUGCUCUUUCCACCAUUUACAGUACUAUCCUAACUCAGCAUCUAAAAUGUGGGAACUUCUCUGCAGCCUUACAGAAGUCAUCCCAGCAGUUAAUACAUCUGGCUCUUGCUCUGCACCUGAAAAUAGCAGCCACAUUCCUCCCAACAGCUAUUAAAUUUCACUACAACUUCAAUCUUAGGGAUUUCUCCAACGUCUUCCAAGGUAUUCUGUUUUCAACUCCUGAAUGUUUGAAGACUCCUCAGGAUUUGGUAAAGCUAUAUUUACAUGAAUCCAGUCGUGUUUACCGUGACAAGAUGGUUGACGACAAGGACUUGAUUGUUUUUGAUAAAAUGCAAGCAGAGGCAGUGAAGAAGUUCUAUGAUGACAUAGAGGAAACCUUGGAACAGACCAAGAAGAUGAAUAUCUACUGCCAUUUUGCAAAAGGGGUAGGGGAACCCAAAUACAUGCCUGUCCAGAAUUGGGAAUCAUUGAGCCAGAUUCUUGCGGAAGCUUUGGCGAACCACAAUGAAGUUAAUGCUGCCAUGAACCUGGUGCUGUUUGAAGAUGCCAUGUGUCACAUUUGCAGAAUCAACCGUAUCCUGGAAUCUCCCAGAGGGAAUGCUCUGCUAGUGGGUGUUGGCGGAAGUGGCAAGCAGAGUCUGACAAGAUUGGCAGCUUUCAUUAGUUCUCUGGAGAUUUUCCAAAUCACCUUGAGGAAAGGCUAUGGGAUUCCUGAUCUGAAGGCUGACUUAGCAGCACAAUGUAUUACAGCAGGAAUGAAGAACGUGGGCACUGUCUUUCUUCUGACUGAUACUCAGCUGGCUGAUGAGAGAUUCUUAGUUCUGGUAAAUGACUUGCUAGCUUCUGGAGAAAUUCCUGAUCUUUUUCCUGAUGAAGAAGUAGAAAAUAUCAUAAGUAAUAUGAGGAAUGAAGUAAAAAGUCAUGGCCUGAUGGACACAAGGGAAGCCUGUUGGAAAUUCUUCAUUGAUCGGGUUAGACGACAGCUCAAGGUGGCACUUUGCUUUUCUCCAGUGGGGAACAAACUGAGAGUUCGUAGCCGGAAGUUCCCAGCCAUUGUGAACUGUACAGCGAUUGACUGGUUUCAUGAGUGGCCUCAGGAAGCUCUGGAGUCAGUCAGCCUGCGCUUCUUGCAAGGGACAGAAGGAAUUGAGCCUCCUGUGAAAGAAUCUAUCAGCAAGUUCAUGGCUUAUGUUCAUACCAGUGUUAAUGAGAUGUCUUAUUCUUACCUGACUAACGAACGCCGUUAUAAUUAUACCACCCCCAAGUCAUUCUUGGAGCAAAUAAAACUGUAUCAGAAUUUGCUGCUUAAAAAGAGAAAAGAACUAACAGCAAAGAUGGCGCGACUAGAAAAUGGCCUACAGAAGCUCAGCAGCACAUCAGCACAGGUAGAUGAUUUGAAGGCCAAACUGGCAGCUCAGGAGGUGGACCUGAAGCAAAAGAACGAAGAUGCCGACCAGCUCAUCCAGGUGGUGGGCACAGAGACAGAGAAAGUCAGUAAGGAGAAGGCCAUUGCUGAUGAGGAGGAGCAGAAGGUGGCCUUGAUUACCGAGGAGGUCCAGCAGAAACAGAAGGACUGUGAGAAAGAUUUGGCACAAGCUGAACCAGCCCUUGCUGCUGCCCAGCAAGCUCUGAACACGUUGAAUAGGAUCAAUUUGACAGAAUUGAAGUCAUUUGGAUCGCCACCGUCUGCUGUCAGCAAUGUUACUGCUGCCGUGAUGGUACUCAUGGGUUCGGGUGGUAAAGUCCCCAAAGACAGGAGCUGGAAAGCAGCUAAGAUGGCCAUGGCCAAGGUUGACGGCUUCCUAGAAUCCUUGAUUCACUUCAACAAAGAGAAUAUACAUGAGAACACCCUCCGAGCCUUACAACCUUAUCUUCAGGAUCCAGACUUCAACCCAGAACUGGUGGCAUCAAAGUCCUAUGCAGCUUCUGGGCUCUGCUCCUGGGUCAUCAACAUUGUGCGCUUUUACAAUGUAUACUGUGAUGUCGAGCCCAAACGUCAGGCUCUCAACAAAGCCAAUGCUGAGCUUGCUAACGCCCAGGAAAAGCUGACUAACAUCAAAGCCAAAAUUGCAGUAAGUCUGAAUGCAAAAAAGCAACCUGGGAUACAAGUGCAAAUUGAAAUCAGCAUUGCACCUUGGAAUUCUUGGCAUCGGUUACUGUCUAGAGCCUUAAACAUGGGCUUCUUGCAUAAGUAGCUGCUGCAGGAAAACACCCUGCAUUUUGCCUAAAGAAAGUACCAUGGCUUAUUUUAAAACAGGGUGAUACUUGUACAUUAGUAAUUUUUUAAAACAAUAAUAAUCAUGAAGUAAACACUAUGUAAGUUGAGGGUUUUCUGAGUAGUUAAAAUGCAGCAUAAAAUGACCAGAAAAGUGGUGGCAAUUGACCACAAAAUUGUUCUGCCUUUUUUAGACUUAACAUUUUAAAUUCUUCAAAUGCAUCAACCACAGAGAAAGUUCCAAUUAUUUGCAGCCUUAAGAGCAAUUUGGUGAGCAAUCCCAACUCUAGGUGAUUGAU